CGAUCAACCGUUUAACAAAGUAUCGAGUUUUUGGUUUAUUUUCGUUGGAAUAUUUGUUGGGGAAAUAAAUCGUACGUGCCUUUGCUGACUUUUAUCUUUGAAUUAUUUUAAUCGUACACGUAACAGCUUUUGGUCUAGGCAGUGAAAGAACAAUCAAACUCGUGUUUAAUAUAUCGCGAAUGAUUGGUAUAAAGGAACGGAAUCGUACGAAGAGAAUGUCUUUCGUUAGUCUUCAUAAAAAGGAAAAAGUGAGCGUUGUAAAGAGAUGUCUUUCGGCGAAACGACCGAGAGCGAAAUCCUGUUUCGCUUCUAUAGAUCCAUGCAUGGGCGAUUACAUCAGGCACCCAGUCCUUUACGAACUGUCGAGCAAGUACGGAGUUGCUGGCAGUGACCAGGUGCCCUUGCCUGUUCGUCUCGAUGAGCUCCGGGAACACAUACGCAGAGAAAUACGUAAGGAAUUAAAGAUAAAAGCCGGUGCUGAGAAGCUUAGGGAGGUUGCAACCGAUCGUAAGGCGCUAUCGGACGUGGCGACUAUCGUGAAGAAGGCCAACAGCAAGUUGAACGAGCUACAAGCCGAGCUCCAGCAGCUCGAAAGUCAAAUUAUACUGACGCAGGGCCAGCCGCAGUCGCCGCAACAAAAUCACUCCAACGGUCAAGACACACCUCUGUCACCAAUGGGACCUUCGUCACCGAGUCAGGAAGGUCUAUUCACAGAUCUUCGACUUUUAUCCUUGGAAAAGCAGCUUAACAUCGAAUUGAAAGUAAAACAGGGCGCGGAAAAUAUGAUACAGAGUUUGACGAGUGGGCACAGAGACAAGAAAUUACUUCAGGAAGCUCAGCAGAUGCUUGACGAUUCCCGCGCUAAAAUUGAGUUCCUACGCAUGCGCAUAAUGAAGGUGCGACAGGCACGCCAACAACAACAUGCUCGUGGUGACGCGCCACCUCCGAAUGGUGAAACAGGAGGCAAUAAAGAUAGGUACGAGCCAAGCCUGGAACUUGCUUUGGAGGAACGCGUCGAAGAGCUGCGACAUCGGCUAAGAAUCGAAGCAGCCGUUGUGGAAGGUGCAAAGAACGUAAUACGUCUUCUGCAAAGUGCCAAAGUUGCUGAUAAGAAGGCUUUAACAGAGGUAUGUAUUAUUCUCCUAGAGAAAUACAAACAGAGAGAGAGAGAGAGAGAGAGAGAGAGAGAGAGAGAGAGAGAGAAAAAGAAAGAGAUAAAAAGAAUGUGUGUACAUUCGUAAGAAGAAGAAGAAGAAUAUUUCUCGAAAAAAUCGUUCCCGGCCUAUCGUAACCGUAAGUUCUUCGAUAAACGACGACGAUGUCCUGCGGUGGAUGACAGCUUGGAAAAGGUUGAAGAAGAGGGCGAUAGGAGGGGGAGGAGGAGGAGGAGGAGGAGGAGAAGAAUGUACGGAGUUAAAAAAGAUGAGAACGAUCGAGAACGAUCGGACAAUGUUGGUUCGCAAACAGCACCGCCUUGGUUGGUUAGAGCAGAAGUUACAAUUCGUCAUGGUGGUGCACAAACCAUUUCGGAUUCUGGACAAUCGCCGGCAGGCACCUCGUCAGCAACAAUGACUGAUUCCAACGGUGUACGAAUGAUAUAUCGUUGGAAUACUAGCCAACCGAGUUCUAAUAUUCCAUCAACUACAUCCGCAUCGACUACUCAAUCGAUGGGUGGUAUUAUACCACCAAAUUCUUAUGGUUUUCAACGUGGUAAUAUAUUGUUCACAUCGACACCACCGCCAAGAGGUCAACAAUCUGGUAAUUCGUUUACAAUUCCGCGCCCAGGAUCUUCAAGUAAGGAUGACACGUGCCCGUUAAGAAAUCGUGGAUUCAUCGAUUCAGGAUAUAACAGCGAACAAUUCUCACCCCAUUCAUAUUCGAGUUUACCAUCGCGCCGUACUUAUCAACAAUACAAUCGACGUUGCAAAAGUACUUGUAACAUCGUUCUCGCUGCUUUUGAUCCAAAGAAGAAUCUAAGUAACGAUGAACCUACAACUACGAAAUUGUUAACGAAAGAAUCAUUGAAAUCUUCCACGUUAGAAGAGCCAGAUCGAUCAUCCUGGCAUUAUCAUCGAACGACAUCGUCCAAUAAUAACCAUCAUCUUCAUCAUCAUCAUCAUCAUCAUUUACAACAGCAGCAACAACUUCAGCAACAACAACAACAACAGCAACAACAACAACAACAACAACAACAACAACAACAACAGCAUGUCUCCGCUCGUUCACGUUUCAGUACCGUGCCUGAAGUAUGCGAAGAUUGUUCCGAAGGUACUGCCAGUCCAUUUACGACACAUUUCUGUACUCGUGUGUUAGAGAAAACAGCAAGCAAAGUUACGACCAUUAGCAAGGAUGCUUCUUCUCAAACGACCGAUAUUGAAUCUCGAACUUCGACCAUAUCGACUACAUCGAAAACAGGAAAAGUAAGACGGAAGGCAUUAGAUAUACAAUUGGCUGACGAACAAAAGAGGAAAAAGCAAGAGAACUCAACUGUUGGUACGCCGAUUGAUACUUCGGGACAACUUUCAACGACUACGGAUACUGAAAAAUCCUUUUCAUCUGCCAUAGAGGAGAACGCAAAACGUAAAUCUCGUACCGUUCACAUAGACGUUUAUUGCACUGGCUCGGACGAUGAAUGUAGUACCGAUUCAACCGAGGAGGAACGUUCGACAACGGCUAUGACCGUCUUCGAGAACGAGGACGUUAAAGUGACGCAUAGCCAAGCCGAGGAUAACGAUUUACCACGUGGAUUUAAAGAUAAUAAAGCUUUUUUAGCGCGAACUGCCGAGAGACGUUGUGAAAGUUUCAAAAAUGCACCAAUGAGAAUGCCUUCGUUGGCCAGCUCGAAGGGUUACGAAAGCGACGAUCUAUUGAGUUCCCUCUAUCCCUCGCAAUUUAGUUCUUACAGCGCUCUUAAAGAUUUAGAUUCUACGCCAUGGUCAGCGGCAUCGUCGACUUUGGCAUUACCAUUUAUUGACGAUUAUGACUCAGCUGCUGCGACAUCCUCGAAGGAUACAUUUUCCGAUAUAGAUUCUAUCGUAAAUGGUAGUAAACCGACCUUGACGUCCUGCGAUAGCUUCGAAUAUGCUAAUUUGUCCGAUCGCGAGAGAAUAAGAAAAAUGGAUACAAUUUGGGGAGGUAAAAAUGAUUUAACAGAAGAAAAGAAGGAUAAAAAUUGGAGAUCACCUCAUAUAGAACGUAAGCAUUUAUUGAGGAACAAAAAGAUGAGGGAAUAUUUGGAGAAACAUGAAAUCGGUUGGUCAUCCGACGAUACCGCGGGUGGUGAAUCGGACGACAGUGGUACCAUUGGUUGGAUCUUUUUAUCUAAUAAGGAUGAUAAUACUAAUGAGGGAUUAUCCGAAACUAAAGUUGAUAAGGAUAUCGUACGUCGUGAUAGUACGAUUAAGAGGGAAAUAAUAAAUGAUAACGUUCUAUCGUCUAACGUUGUAAAUCGUUCAGAAUUAAUACGUUCCGAUCUUCUUAUUCAAGACGAUCAUUCCGAUUCGACAACGAGAAGCGAUCUAUGCUCACGAAUUUAUACAUUAAGAGAACAGAUUGGUCUGUUUGGUUCGAAAAGUCCUUCGCCGCUUCCUUCGAAAGUACCUUCCAGGGUUACUUCACCCUUUAUGACAUCCCAUGGCGAAAGGACCGAUCAUAUCGUUAAAGCAUCGAUAUUUGGUUCGGCACAGGCAAGUCUCGCGGAAUCCAGUAGAAAAUUGGACUUACUUAGAUUAUCUCUUGAGCUUAGAAGACAAGAAUUACCACCAGACAGUGGUACUGCUGCCCAAUUAAAGAGAGAACUAGCAAGUGUACAAUCGGCAAGUCCUGUUCCUGUAACUUAUACAUCGUUACAACCAUUUCGUGGCCCAUUGGAAGGUAGGGCUACGGUACCUGCAUCAGUUUCUAGAUGUGCUGCAGUCACUGGACAAUUGGAGGUAAGAUUAAUGGGAUGCCAAGAUUUAGCGGAAGAAGUUCCUGGACGUACGAGAAGAGAACAUCCUGCCAGUCCUGAUUUACGCAGCUUCGUUAAAGGAGUAACAGGACGCAGUUCGAGUAAAUCUUAUAGCGUGAAAGACGAAACGAGUAAUGAUAUUAUGGCGGUUAUAAAAUUGGAUAAUCAAACCGUAGCACAAACUAGUUGGCGACCUUGUUCCCAACAGGCUUGGGACCAAAGAUUUUCUAUCGAACUAGAUAAAUCAAGAGAACUUGAAAUAGGCAUUUAUUGGAAAGAUUGGAGAUCAUUGUGUGCAGUGAAAUUUUUACGCCUAGAAGAAUUUAUCGACGAUGUGAGACACGGAAUGGCACUUCAGUUGGAACCCCAAGGAUUAUUGUUUGCUGAAAUUAAAUUUUUAAAUCCGAUGAUAUCAAGAAAACCAAAAUUGCAACGUCAACGUAAAAUAUUUAAACAGCAAGUAAAGAAUUUCCCGCGGGCUAAUCAAAUGAACAUUAAUGUUGCUACUUGGGGUAGACUUCUUAAACGUUCUGCACCCUCUUUACAUAAUACAAGAAAUUCUGAAAGUCCACCGUCGGGACCACAACCGUUACAAAUUGUUUUUGAUACCUCAAUAGAAGAUAAGCCCGAAACACCUGGAGAAUUACCAGAUCCAGAAAAAGGAGGCUUAGGUGGUGCUCGACCAUUAGGAAUGGCAACUUCAACUAGUAGUCCAGUUUUACCACGUCCACCUGAACAUCCACCUCCACCACCGCCAACGAUUACUAAGAAACCUUCAUUGCCAGCACCUCCACCACCACCAAAAUUAGAUCAGGAGAGUGCAUUAAGGGAGUUUGAUUUCCUGCACAACGAGGAGAAAGGGGGGUCUCAGGGUGCAAAUUUGAGGCCCCUUGUGACAGAGCCCCGUCCUGUGCUGAUUGCACCACCCUCUCCACGCACACCCUCGCCCCAACCCGUGGUCGAGUUUCCUGAAGAUGAGGUCGUCUACGAACUACCAGUUAGGCCUCUACAAUAUAGAGAUAGUGCAUAUGAAUCUAGAAGACAUUCUCAGCUCACUGGCAUGACAUUGGACAACUUUAGAUUACUUUCUGUUCUUGGUCGAGGUCAUUUUGGAAAAGUUAUCUUAUCGCAAUACAGGAAUACAGGAGAAUAUUUUGCUAUUAAGGCAUUAAAGAAAGGUGAUAUUAUAGCAAGAGACGAAGUGGAAUCAUUGCUUUCUGAAAAGAGAAUAUUCGAGGUUGCAAAUGCUACGCGUCAUCCAUUCCUGGUUAAUUUGUUUGCUUGUUUCCAAACUGAGGCGCACGUCUGUUUUGUAAUGGAGUAUGCAGCAGGUGGUGAUCUUAUGAUGCAUAUACAUGCAGAUGUUUUUGGUGAACCACGUGCUGUAUUUUAUUCGGCUUGCGUUGUUUUAGGAUUGCAAUAUUUACAUGAAAGUCGAAUCAUAUAUAGAGAUUUGAAAUUAGAUAAUUUGUUGUUGGAUACGGAAGGAUACGUUAAAAUAGCAGAUUUUGGAUUAUGUAAAGAAGGUAUGGGUUAUGGUGAUAGAACUGGGACUUUUUGUGGAACUCCAGAAUUUUUAGCACCAGAAGUUCUCACAGAGACUUCGUAUACACGAGCUGUAGAUUGGUGGGGUCUUGGUGUACUUAUAUUUGAGAUGCUUGUUGGAGAGUCUCCAUUCCCUGGUGAUGAUGAAGAAGAAGUAUUUGAUUCGAUAGUAAAUGAUGAAGUUCGUUACCCAAGAUUCCUUUCUUUGGAAGCUAUAGCUAUAAUGAGAAGGUUGCUCAGAAAGAAUCCAGAUAGAAGAUUAGGUAGCAGCGAAAGAGAUGCGGAGGAUGUUAAAAAGCAAGCAUUCUUUAGGCACAUAGCGUGGGAUGAUUUGUUAUUAAGACGCGUGAAACCACCAUUUGUACCAGUAAUUCAUUCUGUGGAAGAUGUUAGUAAUUUUGAUGAAGAAUUUACAUCGGAAAAGCCACAGCUCACUCCGCCUAAGGAUCCUCGACCUCUCAGCGAUAUGGAACAGAGUUUUUUCAAAGAUUUCACAUACAUGGCUGAUUGGUGCUAACUAUAGUAAUAUGCUAUUUUAUGUUCUUCCAAUAAUAGUUCAUCUUUAUUUGUGCCCAAUAAUUUAAACAAUACUAUGUUACAUUACAUCAAGGUACAUAAGAGAUAGCAAUGAUACUGCUUAUCAUAAGAACGAUAUAUUGUGCUUUAUUUUAUUUUAUUUUUUUGUUUUUUUUUUCGUUUUUUUUUGUUUUUUUUUUGUUUUUUUUUUGUUUUUUUUUUUUUUUUUGUUUUUUUUUUUUUUUGUUUUUUUUUAACAAUAAUUAUUCUGACUAGAAAUCAAAACUUCAUAAACUUAUGAUUUACCAUUGAAUCUCGGAUUUUCAUCUGAAUUAUCUAAUAGAGAGACAUUUUAUUUUCUGCCAGACACAUAUGUGUGGCUAUAAUAUUUUAUUUUGUUUG